GAUCCAAUUCCCAGGGAGCAGCGAGCGGAAGACUACGAGGCCCAUCAGGCAAGCCAAGGGCCUCGUCUUCCGAUGACUGGCCUAGCUCUGGAAAACCUGCCCGCGCCCAGCAUCCUCCGCGCGCAAGAUGGCCGCGCCGGGAGCGGAAGCGGAGCGGAGGAGGUGCUAGGCUCUACGCCCCCUCGGCCUUCCGUGAGGACCGUACCAGUCCGAAGAAGGAAACUCAUGGACUCAACAAAUGCGUAUUGCCUUUUCUCGCCGUGACCAUGGGGGCGUACUGACAGAACCCUUGAUCUGAUAGGCAACCCCAGCAUUUCGCAGCCCUGACUUGCAACCUCCCCGAGGACUGCAGUGUAAGCGCGGUCUCUGCGUUCCGACCGAGGCAGGAGGCCAGUCAGGCAGGUCCCUCUGUCCCGACAGGUGGGACACUGAGCACUCCAUGCCAGCGGGCGCGGGGAGGCGUGGCCUCCCCCAGGGCCGCCACCUCUGCUGGUUGCUCUGCGCUUUCACUUUAAGGCUCUGCCAAGCAGAAGCUCCUGUGCGGGAGGAGAAGCUGUCAGUGAGCACCUCAAAUUUGCCGUGCUGGCUGGUGGAAGAGUUUGUGGUGGCGGAAGAGUGUGCUCCAUGUUCUAAUUUCCAGGCUAAAACCACCCCCGAGUGUGGUUCCACAGGGUAUGUGGAGAAAAUCACAUGCAGCUCAACUAAGAGGAGCGAGUUCAAAAGCUGCCGCUCAGCUCUGAUGGAACAACACUUAUUCUGGAAAUUCGAAGGGACUGUCAUAGGUGUGGCCUUGGUCUUUGCUUGCCUUGUCAUUGUUCGUCAGCGACAACUGGACAGAAAGGCGCUGGAAAAGGUCCGGAAGCAAAUUGAGUCCAUAUAGCUACCUCCUCCCUUUUCAUCUGGGUCUUAGAGACCCUACCUCAGACAGAAAGGGGAAUGAACUGACUCGUGCCCCUGGUUCUCUGGAACCUUGUGGUGGCACCCCCUUUCUCCCAUCUUCCUCGUCUAAAUCAUUAAUGAGCAGAAUAAAAAGAGUAAAAUCAUUUCCUUCCCUAGUGUAAUUUGGUUUGGGGCAGGAAGUCAUGGGGGUAGAGAGGGAAAGGGGGUGGCAACUUUAGGCCCCAGUUUACCAGGUACCUAUCUUCCUCCCUGUUCUACUAUUACUUAAAACUGUCAGGAUACAAUUUUAGCAAAAAAAAAAUUUAUUUCUCAGCCAAAAUGUGAGUUUCCCCUCAACCCUAUCCCCAAAGAAGAAAUAAAAUCACAGAUACA